GAGACGCAAAGCCGCGCCGGGCCGGAGCCGAGCCGAGCGGAGCGGAGCGGUGGUCGGAGAUGUGGCGACCGAGACUGAGGGGACAUUCAGAGACGGGGUGUUUGGUGAACCGUCAGCAUCCGAGGCACCAGCCCUGGUUAAGCUGCGUUUAGCCUUCUCCUGUGGUGCUGUGACUCUCAGCCUUCCUCCUGGGAGUUGCAGCUUUGCCAUUUCCACUCUGCUCUGCUGCACAGCAGGCAGAAGCCCUGGCCGUCCCCUGCUGCAUUCUUCAGGAGAAACGUCAGGGUCCUUCCUCCAAGGUUCUCGAGCCCCACACCCCUGUGGAGGAAGGUGCUGUCUACUGCAGUCGUUGGGGUGCCCCUGCUCCUUGGAGCCCGCUAUGUCAUGGCAGAGGCACGGGAGAAGAGGAGGAUGCGGCUCGUGGUGGAUGGCAUGGGGCGCUUUGGCAGGUCUCUGAAGGUCGGCCUGCAGAUCUCCCUGGACUACUGGUGGUGCACCAAUGUUGUCCUUCGAGGGGUGGAAGAGAACAGCCCAGGCUACUUGGAGGUGAUGUCUGCGUGUCACCAGAGGGCGGCUGACGCCCUGGUGGCAGGGGCCAUCAGCAACGGGGGCCUCUACGUGAAGCUGGGCCAGGGGCUGUGCUCCUUCAACCACCUGCUUCCCCCCGAGUACACCCAGACCCUGCGCGUGCUGGAGGACAGAGCCCUCAAACGGGGCUUCCAGGAGGUGGACGAGUUGUUUCUUGAGGACUUCCAGGCCCUGCCCCAUGAGCUCUUCCAGGAGUUUGACUACCAGCCAAUUGCUGCCGCCAGCCUGGCACAGGUGCACAGAGCCAAGCUGCACGAUGGCACCAGCGUGGCUGUGAAGGUGCAGUACAUCGACCUGCGGGACCGCUUUGACGGGGACAUCCACACCCUGGAGCUCCUGCUGCGGCUCAUUGAGGUCAUGCACCCCAGCUUUGGCUUCAGCUGGGUCCUCCAGGACCUGAAGGGGACCCUGGCCCAGGAGCUGGACUUCGAGAAUGAGGGCCGCAACGCGGAGCGCUGUGCGCAGGAGCUGGCGCACUUCCCCUACAUCGUGGUGCCCCGCGUGCACUGGGACAAGUCCAGCAAGCGCGUGCUCACCGCCGACUUCUGCGCCGGCUGCAAGGUCAACGAUGUGGAGGCCAUCAAGAGCCAGGGACUGGCGGUGAAGGACAUAGCAGAAAAGCUCAUCAAGGCCUUUGCUGAGCAGAUAUUUUACACGGGCUUCAUCCACUCGGACCCACACCCUGGCAACGUUCUGGUGCGGAAAGGCCCGGACGGGAAAGCGGAGCUGGUGCUGCUGGACCACGGGCUCUACCAGUUCCUGGAGGAGAAGGACCGCGCAGCCCUGUGCCAGCUGUGGCGGGCCAUCAUCCUGCGGGACGACGCCGCCAUGAGGGCGCACGCAGCCGCACUGGGGGUGCAAGACUACCUCCUGUUCUCCGAGAUGCUCAUGCAGCGCCCCGUGCGCCUGGGGCAGCUGUGGGGCUCACACCUACUGAGCCGCGAGGAGGCAGCCUACAUGGUGGACAUGGCUCGCGAGCACUUCGAGGCCAUCAUGGCGGUGCUCAGGGCGCUGCCGCGACCCAUGCUGCUGGUACUGCGCAACAUCAACACCGUGCGCGCUAUCAACGUGGCCCUUGGCGCCCCCGUGGACCGCUACUUCCUUAUGGCUAAGAGGGCCGUCCGGGGCUGGAGCCGCCUGGUGGGCGCCACGUACCGGGGAGUCUACGGCACCAGCCUCCUGCGCCAUGCCAAGGUUGUCUGGGAGAUGCUCAAGUUUGAAGUGGCGCUCAGGCUGGAGACCUUGGCCAUGCGGCUGACUGCCCUCCUGGCCCGUGCUCUGGUGCACCUCAGCCUCGUGCCCCCAGCGGAGGAGCUCUACCAGUACCUGGAGACCUAGGGUGCAUGGCCCGACGACCACGGCAGCCGCCUGGGGCCUGCGGGGGCCCUUUACGCCUUGAGCCGACGGAGGUGGCGGCGCUGGAGGUGUGGACGCCUCGAGCCUCGUGGGCACUCGCGUUGGGGGGCUGUGACCGCAGCUGGGCCAGGAGGCCGUGUAAUGACCACACACUCCUCUCAA